CAGACGUCAAAAAAUUUUUCACACUCUUUCUUAAUUAAUUAUUAUUAUAUAUAUAAAAAUAAUACAUAAAGUUACAGAAUAAUUUUUUUUUAGACUUUUGAUUUUUUUUUUUAAACUUUUUCAAACCCUCCGAGUGUUUCAAAAAGCUCUCGUUAAAAAAAAGUUAACUUAUUAUAUCACUAUUUUAGCAUAAUACACUUUUCUUAGGAGGAAUUCGUAAGCUCACUUUUCUAUAAAACUGGUAACAGACUCCACGGUUUUUUGUUUACCAAACCAAUCUGGACUGGCUUCUUGGAAUUUGGUUUCUGGAGUUGAAUUCUUUACAGUCUACAACUUAUUAAAAGAAUUGUAGUUAUUAACUAUGAGUUAUUUUUUGACGACGCAAACCGGUUUUUCAACUGUACCCUUAGAUUGUCUUCAAGAAAUAUUUCAAUAUCUUGAAAAUGACAUUAAAUCACUUUACCAUUGUAUGUUUGUAAAUCGUGCUUGGUGUAGAAUUAUUAUUUCUUUAUUAUGGCGCCGUCCUUUUGAGUAUUCCGGACCCAAAUCAACAAGAAGAUAUUCUGAAUUAGUUCGUACAUAUAUAACUUGCCUUCCUAACAAUUCAAAGAAGAAAAUAUAUGAAACGGGAUACAAUAUACAUCUACACCCGAGACCUUUGUUUCCUUAUCAUAAAUAUUUGAGAGAAUUGGAUUGUGAAAAAUUAGAUGAAGCUGUUGAGGAAUGGAUUAAUAGGUUCGGAUUAGAAGAAUAUCGUCCAGAAGAUCCAGAAGAAAUAGUAUAUACGCAGCUACUUAAAUUACUUUUGAGUUGUUGUGAAGGUCUAUGGAGUUUGAGAUUGAGUCGACAUUGUGACAAAUAUUAUUUUCCUCCUGCUGCAACAUUCAAUCGUAUUAAAUAUACUCUCACCAAUCUUCGUAAAUUUGAAUUUUGUGUUGAUUUGGAUUGUUUGACCGAGAGGGGAUUAGAUAAUCUUUACGAAUUUUUAAAGAAAUUAUCUAAUAUCUCUAAUAAUCUUGAGUAUAUCAAUAUUGAGAUGGCAGAGGAUAGAGAAUUCCUUUCAGGUGAUGGUUUACGAAAAUUAAUUAAAUCUCAGAAAAAUCUUGCAUUUUUCCGUUAUGACCAAUUACAAUUAAAACCAGAUAUUGAGGAAACUAAAGAAUUUGUCAAGGCUUUAUCGCAUAAUGCGAGUACAUUAAAGAACAUUGAAUUUGAUUAUCUACCAUUUAAUGUACAAUGUCUUAGUUCUUUAAAAAAAUUCAAUAAUUUAGAGUGUAUGCAAUUUGCUUAUUGUUAUGAAGAAAACAUUUCAGAUGAGAUUGAAGAGAUUGUAGAACAUUCUCCUUCUCAACUAAAAGUUAAAAAACUAAUAUUUCAUAGUGGAAUACUCACCUCGGUAACGCUGGAAAUUCUUCGUUUAGUAAAUACAAGCGUAAGGGAGUUAACGGUGAAUAAUGUUGUUCCGGGUCUAUUCGAACAUAUUUACGAACAUUGUCCAAAUAUAAUGUAUUUGGCUACUAUAAUAUCACAGAAAACUGUUGAAUCACUCGAAUAUUUAUCAACAAGUAAAAUUGAACAUUUAAUGUUAAAAACUUUAGAUGAUAAUAAGGAUACAUGUCUAGACAUAAAAGAUUUUCAACAAAUAGGAAAAAAUCUUUCACUUAAUUUAUAUCAUCUUUCACUUGAUUUUAACGUUAGCGUUGAAGAAUUGUUAUUUUUAUUGAGAGAAUGUCGAUCACCCUUGGAAAGUUUAUGUUUGAAAUUUGAUGAUGAUUCAAACAAAGACGAAUAUCUUAAAGUUGUAAUAGAAUUUGCCAGAAAAGAUGAUUCCUUUAAGGAGAUCAGAUUUUCCUUGGAUAGUAAAAAGUUUAAGGAUAUAAAAGCAGAAGAUAUUUUUUCAAAAGAUAUUUUGGCGGAAGCUAAGUUACUUAUACCUAAUAUCUUACGAGAAACACAAGAACCUUUUACUCGUAUUAAUUUAAAUUCUGAAGCCUCAUUAUAAAAUAAAAUAUUCCCCGGAAUUAAAAUAUUAAAUUAAUUUAUUCAAGUUAAUAAUAUAAUGAUAAUUAUAAUAAUAAU